AUGCCUUGGAAUAGAAUUAUUGACUCACAAAGUUCUCUGAUUUUGUUCUUGAGUUUAGAGUAUACAGGGAGAGAAGAAGAUAUUUAUGAUUAUGGUAGACAGUCUUCUUGUUCAGAGUUCUCUUUAUCUUCCCUAGGAAGAAACAGCUCUCUUCCCCCUCAUGGGGAUAGAAGAGAAGGUAAAAGAAGUAUAUCUGUUCCUCCAGGGUUAAAAGCAAUUCUAAACCUACUUUCCAAACAGGUAUUGAAUGAGCGACCUAAUGAUGUAUCUGGACUGUGUGCUGACCUACUGGAGAGAGGACUAGAGGAGAGAGGGAUAGAAGAACACGGAGCAAAGUCAUACUACCUGGAUAAAAGGUGGAUAGCUGAACACGGUCUGAGUUCUGAGGAUGAACUUGGAGCUGGAAGAUCCUCUCGAAGCAGAAGGAAGGUUGGAGCUGGGACCCAGACGGAGACUGCUCCGCCCAGAUCCCGGAGCUGGAGGGAGGCGGAGAACGCCUUUGCUCUGAUUAUAUCCGGCAGGGCGGAGGAGGCGGAGGAUCAUUUAACCAGAAAUAUUGAAUCCCAGACAACCCUUGAUUCAGGAGACAGUGGAAUUGAUUGUAGUGUGAGCCUGAGUAACACUAACAAUAAAAGAAUAGCCAGAAUAGAACGAGGAACAACUAUGGAUGGUUCAGAAACUGAAGAAACCAAUUCUAAAAGCAAAAUAAAUCAAGAAGAGGAGAGAUUCCAAACAAUUCAUCAGAAUUCUAUCCUUCAAGAAUGUUUAAGAAAUCAGUUCUCUUCAAUACCUCCAACAUCAGACUUUGAGGAGGACUGGAGCCAGCAUGAAACAGAUGAAGAGAAGCAGAUAAUUGAUCUGGUGGUUAAUAUUGGGGGAAGGGAGUUGGAAAAGGGUUCUGUUGGAACAUGUCGAAGAGUCUUUCUUUGA